CAUUGUGCUCUCGCACGCUCGCUCGCUGGUGGAAGCGGGUCUAGCACCUGACCAGAUCGGCAUCAUCACGCCGUAUAACCUACAGGUGGGCCUGAUCCGUGACCGGCUGCGCACCGCUGGACUGACUGUAGAGGUGAACUCUGUGGACGGGUUUCAGGGACGAGAGAAGGAGGCCAUUCUGCUGUCACUAGUGCGCUCAAAUAAGCGCGGUGAGGUCGGCUUCCUGGCAGAACAACGUCGUAUUAACGUGGCGGUGACUCGCGCGCGUCGGCAGCUGUUCGUCGUGUGCGACACGGCGACUGUGGGGGCCGACCCGUUCCUGAGGUCGCUGAUUGACCACAUGACCCAGCUGGGGGAGGUGUGCUCGGCACACGUGUACGAGCGGGACAUCGGCCCGGCCACAGUAACGCCGGCCGCGCCGCGCAAACACGAGUCCAAACAGAAAACAAAAGAGACCACCAGAAACGGGAACACCAAGGCGACGAAGGCAAAACCGGCGGCGAAGUCUGGCCAAAAGUCCCGUCCUGCCAGCGUUCCUGUGAAGCCACCGGCACUAGAGCGGACCGACGCUGGCGCUCAACCUGGAGCUGAAGAGGAAGUGGAUCAGGAGGAUACAUUUGAGGACGAAGUACGUCAGAAGUUGGAAGAGUUCGUCUCCUCCUCGCAGAGCAAUCUGGCAUUCCCCGCCACGCUGAACUCAUUCCAGCGGAUGAAGGUUCACGAGGUAUCUGAGGAGCUGGGUCUAAUCCACACGAGCUGUGGGGAGGGCAAACAGCGGUAUGUGACGGUCGAGCGGGCGGAGGCGGCUGGCGGUGACGUGGCUGGCGACCCCAGCGCCGCCCGUAGUCCGCCUGUCCAUGUAGAUGGCGCUGACGGCGUGCCGGUCAGCAGCUCUGCGGCCAAACUACCGGGCGGUGAUAAGACAGCCUCUGGUGGAUCCACCACGGCUGAGCGUGCAACUUCUCGGACAAACUCCGCCCCUGGCCAGAGGGUUGAAGCGUCUGAGCCACAGCUGGUGAUCGCAACAGUCAAAUGUGAUAACUGUGGUAAGGAGAUUCCCAAAGCCAAUGCUGAACUUCACGCAUUACGUUGCGCUCGGCCUCCGCCGCCCGCCGCCACUGCUGCUGCCCCUACCACCACCCAGCCGAAACCCACCAAACCGAACAAAUCAAAGAAGAGUAAAAGUCGCCCUUCGGAGACGCCUGCGGAGGACGCAGACGACUUUGACUCGCUCGUUUCAUCGUUUGCCAGCAUGAACAAGCGCUGUAACAUCGAGCCCAAGUGUUCUAGCGGCAUCUCCAUCCGUCAGACAUGUCCCUACUGCCAGCGCGUGUUCUGCCUCUCACACUGGAUGGCCGAGGCCCACGGGUGUGGCGAGGCGGCGCGGCGAGACGCCCGCGUCAAAUUCAUCUCGGGUGCGCAGAACCGCGCCAAAAACUCGGCCGAGGAGGAGCGCCGAAAGGCCCUCCUCCACAUCAAACUGGACAAAACACUCAACAAAAUGGAGGCUGGCAGAAAGGCCAAGCCGACCAAAAAGAAGUGACCCGAGUGAAUGUGUAGCUGUCUAGCUGAUAUAGCUGAUGAGAUGGUUGUGCCUUGUUUUGCGGAUAUGGUGCUAGUACCUACUGAGUGAUGUGCUCUGCUGCUGGAUGCUGACUGCACGUUAUUAACUACUGUGAUAUUCUAAUUUAAUGUAAUAUUUACAGUCAAUAAUCACGCA